UGCCAAACGGGCAUUUCCCUACAUAUGGUUUUGUGUGGUCGGGCAUUUCCCUACGUGUAGUACGUGUGGACGAGCAUUUCCUUGGCGUAUUUGCUACAUAAACUGCUGGGAAAAUAAGUCAUCGCCAGAUCCCCAUCACACCCACGAUGGAGCUCAUCACCACCAGCAGAGGAGGCCCGAAACUUCUGCAUGAAGGGUACGCCUACACGAAGCAGAGGGCUCAUGAGUCAACCGUCCGAUGGGAAUGCUCAAAGAAGAAGACGGCGAUGUGCAAGGGUUCCCUCAUUACUGACGUGAAUGUGUCUCGUGUACAUGCAGUUACUGGCCAUACUCAUGCCGCGGAUAACGUUGCCAUGUCAGCCCUGAAGGUCCGUAAGGAAAUAAUGGACACCGCCGAGGCCAGCGGGGGAAGGCCUGGACAGAUUCUGGCAGACAAGCUCGCCACAUGCCCUCUCGAGGUGCGUGCUGCAUUAGGGAAGAGGGAAAGCCUAAAGCGGCAGAUCCGACGAGCUAAGCGGGGAGCGGCGCCACCUACGGACCCAAGAGCGAUGGAAGGCGUCCCCUACCCUUUUCCUGGUGGCUACGGCAGGAAACUUCCAGAAAGCGGCAGACCCUUCAUCACGCACGACGGCGAAUCACAGGACUCGCGCCUUGUGGGUUUUGCCAGCGACGACGGGCCAGAGCCCCUGCGUGCCGCCAGGGGUUGGCGCGUGGGCGGGUCGCACUCCACGGCCCCGCGGCGGUUUGCGCAGCUGGUAUGCGUGCGCGUCUCGCCUCCACAGACAGCCGUCGCUCUGGGCCGCCGUCAGCUGCAUGUAUAAGGAUAACGCGACAACGGAGGCCGACGUGUUCAGGCGUGCCAAGGGCGAGUCCUGACGGGACGGCGGAUGAGGCUCCCGCCAAUCACGAGAGUCAGCCAAGAAGACUCAGCGAAGACCUCCUCUCUGGCGAGAAGCCCUUCGGCGAAUUGCCUUUUGCUGCUGAGCAUUGUGUUCGGCUUACCGCUCGCUGGAGACAGGGACGCUUGAGACAUAAACCACAAUAUGAUAUAUGCACA